AUGGAGGAACCCAAAUGUAACAUUCUGUAUGAACAUAUGAACGAGGAAAAAAAAAUAAAGCUAAUAAAUGUGGCAAAGGAAGUGUACCACAACAUAAAUAACAAUAAAAUAAAUUCCUGGAGAUGCGCAACGAUAGCUUUGCGAGACAGAAUAAAAGAAAUUUUCGAAUAUAAUGAAAAGGGGUGGCAUAUUAUUAUAGGAUAUAAGUUUGGCUUCUUCUGUACACACGAAGUGUACAAUGCGUUACAUUUUAAGUUAGAUCACGUGGAGUUUCUCAUUUUCAAGCACGGCUAA